ACAAAUUACUAAUAGAAGGUUUUCUCCAAAGGGUAAAGAAAAAGAUAGAGAAAAAGACUAGGGAGACAACAAAGUGUCUUAGAAUUGGAAACCAUACAUCAGAAAGAUGAGAGUUCAACCAGAGAGAAUCAGCAGCACCGGCACAAUGUCACCAUCCAGGCGACCACUCCACAUCAACAUCCCACCACCAACCUCCGCCAUGUUCCAACGCAUCCGCCCUUCCCUCGUCACCUCAUUUCUCCAAAAACCACUCUCUCUCCCUUUCGUUCUCUCCAUUUUCCUCUUCCUCGCUUGGAUCUCUCUCCGCUCAUACCGCACUUCCCAUCCUCUCCAUCUCUCUUCCCCAAACGACGACGCUAAAGCCAAUCUCAGAAGAUUCUCUUCCCAUUUCCCUUCCCCUAUUACAAAGGAUAAUCGGGGGUGGAUUCUCGAUCCUAUCGCUCUUGCAGCUUCUUCCGGCCUUUCAGGUGGAGCUGUUAAUUGUGGUUCGCUUCACCUCGGGGAAAUUCGACCGGGGAAGUUUAGAGGAAAUCAUAGACAUCAUGAUUGUAAUGAGACUUUUGUCCUUUGGGGUGCUGCUAUCAAGUUUAGGGUGGAAAACAGUGCGGUAGCUGAUAUUGGUUAUGCUGAGGUGACCAUAGCCAGAGAUGAGGUUAUUGUUGCUGCUAGCGCUGCUCACACAGCUCAUGCUUUAAUAAACAUAGAUCCGGUUCGGAGUGCGUACUUUAUAGGAUGCCAAGAUAGUAUCAUAAACUAUAAUGCCUCAAGUACGGACUUUAAUGUUUGGAAAGAUCUUUAAGUUGUUACUCUGUACAGGUUUCCACAUCACAUUCCUCUUGAUAAAGUCUAAGAUGUUGCUAACUCUUAAUAUUACUAUGAUUUUGUUUCCAUACAGAAUGAGAAAGUUUUACCUUUUAGAUGUUUAUAUAAUGUACAGAGCUUAGUUGCAAACUCAGAGAGUAUGAGCUUUUUAUAGGGUUGCAAAACAGAACGACAGAAUGAAAGGAGGUACAGUUUAUGCCUUAGUUUAUCAAAGAAUGGAGGGAGAAAUUUAUUCACUGAUUGUAAAGAGGCAACAUGAUUUUUUUUAUCAAGUUAUCUUUGUUAACUCUUAAAUUUCAAUUGGUUAACUAAGAUAUUGUUAACUCUAAAAUUUUGAUCAAAUUCCGUA